AUGAAGUGUCUCCGCUCCGUCCUUCUCUUCAACACGCUAACCCUCUCUCUGGGAUAUACAGCUAAAUGGCAGGACAACACAAUAGACACUUCGGAUAAUAUGAUCUAUCCUCUUAGCUCAGAUUCGGAUUUCAAUUUCCAGCUUCUCGAAGCCCUCAGCUUUGCACCCUACGAAGGGUCAGACAUCUCGGAGAUGCUGGUCGCAGCAAAUCAGAUCGCGCCAGGAGACUUCGAGGGUUUCUACAAGACCUUCGACAGUCUUGCAAAUCGUGCCAAUGGCCAGGACCAAUCCAUCAAUGCCUCUCGGUUCCCUGUGUCGGCGAGGAAUACCUUCUUCAAGGCGGCAACCUACUUCCGCUUUGCCAACUUUUACCUCCACAGCAACUGGUCCGACGCUAAAAUUAUUAUUAAGAGCCUUCAAUCACCAUCGCCUUCGCCUUCUGAUAACCCUGACAAGCAAUGCUGCCCCAUCGUCUACACGGUGCGGACCUUGGCCCAGUAUCAGCAAGACCUGGCCAACCGCGGCAUUGUCAGGCCAAAGGGAAUUGAGACUUUCAUGGAGAAGUACAACGGUAUGAAGGAUACGUGCCCAGAUUUCGUGGACGACAAUCAGGUGGUCAACUGGCUCAUGCUAAACGUCUUGGCCGGUGGCGACUCAACCGCAGGAGCCAUGCGCAGUGUCAUCUAUCACCUGGGUCGAAACCCCAGCAAGUAUCAGAAACUUGUUGACGAGCUCAAGGCCGCCCGUCUCCCCUUGCCUGCCCAAUGGAAGGACUUCAGACAGCUGAGCUACCUGGAUGCCGCCAUCAACGAAACCCUGCGCCGCGACGUGCCCGAAGGAGGGUUCCGACUCCCUGACGGCCGCUUCGUCCCGGCGGGUAGCAAGAUUGGCAUCUACCCUGCUGUUGUGACCCGAGACACGGGGGUCUUCGGCCCCAAUGUCCAUGAUUACGACCCAGACCGCUGGCUGCAGCGCGAUGGCGAGGCAGACGAAGAUUACAAGGUCCGCCGACGCCGCAUGCAGGAGACUAUCGAUUUCAUGUUUGGGGCUGGCAAUCGCGUAUAUAUUCAAGUCAAGGACCCGAAUCGUGAAUGGGAGUCCCGCAGUGCCUGGUUCAUGUACCAAAGGGACAUUCAAAUGAGGGAUUAG